GCAGUCUUCUUCGCUCCCUCCACAUCCUUGAAUAAUCUGAUAGUCUCACACAGACAUCGUUGCUGAUCAACGGAACAAGCAGCCAUGGCGACAAGCCCGCCGCUUAGCCAAGCUACUGGCUAUGGAGUAAUCAUUGGUCUUGGAUUCCUCUUUGCCUUUGGAAUGAUGCUCACGACCUUUGUCCUCAAGCGCUACAAUAACGAACUUCAGACUUCGGAAGUGUUCAGCACUGCAGGUCGAACCGUCAAAUCUGGUCUCGUCUCCUCCGCCGUAGUUUCAUCCUGGACAUGGGCAGCAACACUUUUGCAGUCUUCCUCGAUCGCAUAUCAGUAUGGUGUCAGCGGGCCAUUCUGGUACGCCUCUGGUGCUACUGUCCAGAUCAUUUUGUUCGCCACGAUUGCCAUCGAGCUUAAACGCAAAGCACCGAAUGCUCACACUUUCCUCGAAGCCAUUCGUGCCAGGUAUGGACCUGUCACUCACGGCGUCUACAUUGUUUUCGGCCUGAUGACCAACAUCCUGGUAACGGCAAUGCUUCUGACCGGAGGCUCAGCUGUUGCUACUUCUCUCUGCGGCGUGUCUACGGCCGCUGGCUGCUUCCUUCUCCCAGUGGGCGUGGUGCUCUACACCAUGUUCGGAGGAAUCAAAGCGACCUUCUUGACAGAUUACAUUCACACUGUGGUGAUUUUGGUCAUCAUCUUGACCUUUGCCUUCACGGCUUAUGCCACAGGAUCUCAACUUGGAAGCCCAAGCGCUGUAUAUGAUCUCCUGAUGGAGGCCACUGAGCGACACCCUGUGGAAGGCAAUGCCGGCGGAUCUUACCUGACCAUGAGGUCCAAGGGGGGGGUCAUCUUCUUCGUGAUCAACAUUGUUGGCAAUUUCGGCACGGUGUUCAUGGACAACGGCUACUACAACAAGGCCAUCGCAGCCUCGCCUGUCCAUGCUCUCCCAGGCUACAUUGCCGGCGGUCUGUCUUGGUUCGCAAUUCCAUGGCUAGCGGCCACCACAAUGGGUCUGUCAGCCCUUGCUCUCGAGAACAACCCAGUCUUCCCGACAUACCCCAACCGCAUGGAUCCAGCAGAUGUCAGCGCGGGGUUGGUCCUCCCAAACGCAGCCGUCGCUCUUCUCGGUUCAGGAGGAGCCGCAGCGACCCUUCUUCUGAUCUUCAUGGCCGUGACAUCUGCUAUGUCGGCGGAGCUGAUUGCCGUGUCUUCGAUCUGGACAUACGAUAUUUACAAGACAUACAUCAACCCAAAUGCGAGCGGCAGACGACUGAUCUACAUGUCUCACACGAGCUGUGCUGUCUAUGCGCUCUGCAUGGCCGCUUUCUCCACUGGCCUGCACUACGCUGGAAUUUCAAUGGGCUAUCUCUACCUCCUGAUGGGCGUCAUCAUCAGUGGAGCAGUCCUGCCAUCGACUCUCACACUCCUCUGGAGCAGACAAAGCUGGACAGCCGCGACCUUUGCUCCGCCACUGGCACUUUGCUGCUCCGUGACUGGCUGGCUAGUCCAGGCUAAAGUGCAAUAUGGAGAAUUGAGCGUGACGACUACCGGCUCAAACUACCCAAUGCUGGUCGGCAACGUAGUGUCACUUCUCGCUCCCGCGAUCUUCGUGCCCAUCCUCUCCCUCGUGUUCCGCACACCAGCAUACGACUGGGUCAGCAUGGCUCAAAUCCGCAAAGGCGACGAUUCAGAUCUUGCAGCCGCCGCCCAGGUUGACCUCGAAAUGAUCCCAGGGGAACAAAGCAAACGUCAAGAAGAGGAAGCCGCAGAGCAAUCGAAACUGCUCCGCGCCAGCAAAAUCGCUCGCUGGCUGACAGUCGCCAUGACUUUAUCUUUCCUCAUCCUGUGGCCAAUGCCCAUGUACGGAAGCUCAUACAUUUUCUCCAAGAAAUUCUUUACUGGCUGGGUCGUCGUCGGAAUUCUUUGGCUCUUCUGCAGCUCGUUCUGCGUGGGAUUGUAUCCUCUGUGGGAAGGCCGAAAGACCAGCGUCAGAACUGUCAAAGCUAUCUUCAAAGACAUCACUGGUCGCGGCAGCCCACACGUCCAUCAUGGACAACCUGUCUUCCGGGAAGAGGAUGAAUCGGAGAAGGAACAUUCCAAGAAGACUUCUACUCCACCACAAGUCGAAGUCGAGCAUUGAAGACGAGUCGAUAUUGGAUGAGCUUUACGAAUUACGACCACGACUUGGUGAUACCAAUGUACUGCAAUACUUAUAUAUCUAAUAUAGUGCAAAAGAGCCUUUGAGGUACUCGAUGCGA